AGCUCGCUCUAUUUCCCCUUCGUGCUGAGUGCUGGGUAGAACGAUAUUGGGUGCUUGUUCUCUUCUAAAGAGCUAAGGCCGUAUCAGCGACUUGCACCUUUAUUAACAUUCAUCCAGUUUUAAUAUAAAACACAUAAGUUAUAAACAUGAAUACCAAAGCUGAACUCGCGUGCAUUUACUCGGCAUUAAUCCUUGUCGAUGAUGAUGUGGCUGUAACUGGUGAAAAGAUCCAAACAAUUUUGAAAGCUGCCAAUGUUGAAGUGGAAUCUUACUGGCCUGGACUUUUUGCUAAGGCUUUGGAAGGUGUAAAUAUAAAAGAACUCCUCACAAACAUUGGAUCAGGAGUUGGAAGUGCACCUGCAGCAGCUCCAGCAGCUGCAGUACCUGCUAGUGCAGAAGCUGCACCAGCGAAAGAAGAAAAGAAAAAAGAAGAACCUGAAGAGGAAUCAGAUGAUGAUAUGGGCUUUGGUUUAUUUGACUAAACACAAGGAUUGUAAUUUCAGUCCACAAUUUUGUACUUGUACAGUUGUAUUGUACAAUAAAUGACAUAUUUUUAAUUUGAA